AUGGUCAAACCAAGAAAUCGAGCUGUGUUCAUCUACAUUGUCUGCCUCCUGAUUCUUAGAGCUCUGUCUCAGAGUAUCCUGUAUCCUUUUGGACAGGCUAAUGGAGACUUUGAGACUCCCAAAAUGGAUGAUGGGAGUUCUCCGGAAAUAACCCUGCUCAUUCCAUUCAUCUUCUUCAACAUUCCAUAUCGCUCCAUAUUUGUCAACAACAAUGGCGUAAUCUCCUUCAACGUUCAGGUCAGUCAGUUCACACCCGAGGCCUUCCCCCUCACUGAUAGCCGCUCAUUCAUUGCACCAUUCUGGGCAGAUGUGCACAACGGCAUUCGUGGCGAUGUGUAUUACCGUGAGAGCACUGAACCCAGCCUCUUGGAGAGGGCUACCCAAGAUGUCCGCAAGUACUUCAAAACUAUGACCUCCUUCAGUGCCACGUGGGUCUUCAUUGCCACCUGGCAUCAGGUCACUUUUUAUGGGGGCAGCCAAACCACACCAGUGAACACCUUUCAAGCUGUGCUCAUUUCUGAUGGCAUCUCCUACUUUGCUAUGUUUAACUAUGGAGAGAUCGCCUGGAGUACAGGCACCGCCAGUGGCGGGGACCCACUGACAGGGUUAGGAGGCACAACGGCACAGGCAGGUUUCAAUGGUGGGGAUAUCAGUCACUUUUUCAACCUCCCAGGGUCACGUUCUAAUGAAGUCGUCAACAUUGAGCAAACCACCAAUGUCAAUCAGCCUGGACGCUGGCUGUUUCGAAUAGACACUGACCAGAUAGAUCCAGCUAAUGGAUGCAGUUAUAAUGGACGCUUUCACCGACGUGGAGAGGUCUUCUGGUUGUCGGACCAGUGUUCCCAGAGGUGCCGCUGCUUGGAUCUGGACAAUGAAGUCAUGUGUCAGGAAGCACCAUGCGGACAGCUGGAGACCUGCGAGCAACAAGAUGGGGCGUAUUCCUGCCAGCCCACCCGCACCAGCACCUGCGUCGUUUUUGGCGACCCACACUACCAUACCUUUGAUGGGUUCCUCUACCACUUCCAGGGCACAUGCUCAUACUUGUUGGCGCGACCCUGCUGGGAGACCGCGGGAUUGCCGUCUUUCAGCGUCGAAGCCAAAAACGAGAAUCGCGGUGUGGCCACCGUGUCCUGGCUAAGAGAUAUCACAGUAGAGAUGUAUGGUCACCGUGUUACCUUGCCAAAGGGGAGCCAGGGCACUGUGCAGGUGGACGGUUUGACGAAAACCUUACCUGUGCAGCUCCAGCUGGGGGCUAUAAGAGUCUAUCAGUCUGGGGUGGCUGUGGCUCUGGAGACAGACUUUGGGCUACUUGUGACAUACGACGGGCAGCACUAUGCCUCCAUCUCCUUGCCCAGUUCAUAUUUCAACAACACCUGUGGCCUGUGUGGCAACUACAACGAUGACCCUGCUGAUGAUCCUGUUCUGCCCGACGGCUCGCUGGCAGAAAGUGUGGUGGAGCUGGGUGGCAGCUGGCAGGUGGAGGAUGCUGACUGGCGCUGCACAGAUGGAUGCGCACACAACUGCAGCGUCUGUGACCCAGCUACCGAGUCAUUUUAUUUCCGCUCCGACUACUGCGGCCUCAUCAACAAGACCGACGGGCCCUUCCGGGACUGCCGCACGGUGGUGGACCCCACUGCCUUUGUGUACAGCUGCGUUUACGACAUGUGCAGCAACCGGGACAAUAUCACCACCCUGUGCCAAGCCAUUCAGGCGUAUGCUUUAGCCUGCCAGGCUCUGGGGGUGACCAUCCGAUCUUGGAGGUCCCGGUCCUUCUGCACACUGACAUGCCCUAAAUAUAGCCACUAUCAAGUGUGCACCAGCGCCUGCCCUGCCUCCUGCUCUGACCUGACCUCUCAUCUGUACUGCACCCACCCCUGCACCGAGGGCUGCCAAUGUGAUGAGGGCUAUGUAUUGAGCGGGAACCGCUGUGUUCGGAAGGAAGACUGCGGAUGCGAGCGUGACGGUCUAUAUUACCUCCGCAAUGAGUCCUUCUGGGCGGCAGAUGGUGAUGAUGGUGGUGAUUGCUCCCAGAGCUGCACCUGCGGACCAGAAGGUGAGAUUUCCUGCUUCAACGACUCCUGCGUGGAGGGCGAGGUCUGCACAGCCGAGCUAGGUCGGCUUGGGUGUUAUCCGCGCCGGGAAGGUGUUUGCUCGCUCUCUCAGAACCAGGUCCUGUCCACCUUUGACGGUUCCGCGCUAACGAUCCCCAACGAGAACUCCUACUUCCUGCUAAAGCCCUGUGGGAUUGUGCCGCGCAAUGUAUCUGCUGCGGAGGUGAAGAUCGGCCGCCGGCUGAUGAACAAGGGUCCCAGCUGGGUGCGGCCAGUGAUGGCACGUAUAGCAAAUCUGGAAGCACAGCUGGGUGGUACUGACUUUGACAUAGUCAAGGUUAAUGGUGAGACUGUUCCAUUACCCUAUGUCCAUCCCAUGGAGAUUCUGCUAAUCUACCGUGCCCCUGGCAAUGCCACUGUGGCAGAGUGGCCUGGACUGGUCAAAGUGCGCUACACACGCCAGGGUCUUCUCAAUGUCACUCUCUCGACCCUGUACUACAAUGCCACCUGUGGCCUGUGUGGGUACUUUAAUGGCAAUGCCUCCGAUGAGUUUCGGCUGCCCAGCGGCAGACUGGCCGAGAGCACCGAGCUCUUCACUGAGGGCUGGCGAGCCAUCGCUGAUGACUUGACAUGCAAUGGCGACUGUGAAGACUUGUACCGAAUGUGCGUGGAUCUCCGUCUCUACCAGAGUCCCUGGCUCUGUGGCAACAUCAAUGACCCCACUAACAGCUCCUUUCUAGCCUGCCACAAUGUCGUCAACCCCUCACCAUUCUUCCGAAACUGCCUGUACAAUAUGUGCGUUCGUGAGGGCAACCGGUCUGCCCUCUGCUCCUCCCUACAAGCUUAUGCCUCUGCCUGCCAAGAUGCCCAGAUCAACCUUGGAGCCUGGAGAAGUUCAACUGGUUGCCCUUUGCCUUGUCCUGAAAAUAGUCACUUUGAGGAGUGCACCUCUGCCUGCCCUUUAACAUGUGCCAACCUGGGGCUAGAAGGACCUUGUCCACUACCUUGCUCUGAAGGUUGCCAGUGUGAGGAUGGCUAUGUCCUGAAGGAUGGCCAGUGCAUCCACAAGAGCGAUUGUGGUUGCUUGCACCGUGGCCGGCAGUUGGCCACCAACGAGACCUUCUGGACAGACUGGGAGUGUCAAGAGCGCUGCUUCUGCAAUGGUGCUGACAAUCGGGUUUAUUGCCAGAUUUCCCCGUGCCACUCGGAGGAGUAUUGCCAAGAGGAUUCUGGACUUUACUUUUGCCAGCCACGCACUGAGGCAGUGUGCAUUGCUGCAGGAUAUGGUCACUUCUUGCCAUUUAGCAGCCAACCCUUUGAGCUGCAGAGCAGCUGCUCCCUCCAGCUUGUUACCACUAACUGUGGGAAGGAGGAAGAGGGGGCUGGUGAGGAGCAAAGCAGUGAUGGCUUUCCACCAUUCCAGUUGUUGGCAAGGAAUGAAGAUCGGGACACAGGGCAAGCAAUUUGGGUUCGAGGCUUUAUCCUUGAGGUUUAUGACUAUGAAAUUGAGGUCUCUCGGAACUACAAACACACCGUUACGGUGAACAAGGAACGUCUGUAUCUACCUCUUAAGUUGGGACCUGGGAAAGUCAACAUCUUCACUUUUGGGCUGCAGGUAGUGCUAGAGACAGAUUUUGGACUGAAGGUGGCAUUUGACUGGAACACGUUGCUCUUGCUGACUCUCCCCCGCAGCAUGUACAAUUCCACGUGUGGGCUGUGCCAGGGCCUCCCUGCAGAGCCCUACCUCAGCACCACAGAGUGGGGUAAGAUGUGGGCAGAGAGGGAUAACUUCUGCCAGGUGGGCUGUGGGGACACUUGCCCCCGCUGUGGCCUAUUGGAGCGAGGGCUGGCUGCGGAUAGUGGCCUCGUGGCCGAUGCUGGCAAUGGAAACAACAAUGGCAAUCAGAACACCCGCUUCCACCUGGUAGACGGGUUCUACGGCUACGUGGAGCCCGAGGCUGUGCGGCUGUGCGGACGAAUCAUCGACAGACGAGGUGUAUUCUCUCGCUGCCACAGCAAGGUGGCCCCAGCUUACUUCUACCAAAGUUGUCUCCAGGAUACUUGUUUGGAUCAAGGGACACAGGAGACUAUAUGCAACUGGCUGCAGAUCUAUGCUAGCACUUGUCAGACGCAAGGUGUCCCGUUGAUUGGUUGGAGGAAUUUUACUCCUUGCACCCUGACAUGCCCAGUGAACAGUCACUAUUCCAGUUGCAUGACCGUUUGCCAACCUCAGUGUACCCCAGCCCGUGGCCAACGUGACUGUAACCACUACUGCGUGGAGGGCUGCCAGUGUGACCAGGGCUAUGUGCUCAACGGCAAGAGCUGCAUCCUCAGUCAAAACUGUGGUUGCUACAUUGAUGGCAAAUACUAUGAGCCUAAGCAGCUUUUCUGGAAUAGUGACUGUACAAAGCGUUGUCAGUGCAUUGGCCGCAACCUGAUCCAGUGUGACCCACGGCGCUGUAAAGCUGAGGAGGAAUGUGCUCUGCGAAACGGUGUGAGGGGCUGCUUUGCCCGCCGAAGUCGGCACUGCGUGGCUUCGGGAGGCGGCGUCUUCCGGACUUUCGAUGGGGCCUCUCUGCGCCUGCCGGCCUCUUGCUCCUUCGUCCUCUCCACCAUCUGCCACAAGCUGCCUGAGCUCUCUUUCCAGCUCAUUGCCAACUUUGACAAGUGGAGUACACCAAACCUUACCACCAUCUCCCAUGUCUACCUCUACAUCAACGAGGAGAACAUCCUCAUCUCUGGCAAUACUGUCAAGGUGAACGGGACACCGGUAUCAGUGCCCUUCGUCACAGGUCUGAUGACCAGGGUUACAACAUCCGAGGGCUUUGUGGUUAUUGACACAGUUCAAGAUAUUCAAGUGCGUUACAAUCGCUUCAACACGCUAACCAUCACUAUGGGCCCACGGCUGCAGAACAAGGUCUGCGGCUUGUGCGGCAACUUCAACGGGGAUCCUACGGAUGACUACAUCACCUCCCGUGGCAAGCCAGCUGUCAGCGCCUUGGAGCUGGCGCAGAGCUGGAAGACUAAUGGCAUGCAGAAUAGUUGUGAUGAGACUCAGUAUGUGGCCCUGGCGCAAUCAUGUGACAACACCGCUGUGUCAGAGCUACAGGGCGAGGAUGCCUGCCUGAAACUGACUCAGAUGAAGGGUUUCUUUCAGCCUUGUCAUGGACUGCUGGACCCUAGACCUUUCUAUCAGUCCUGUUACCUGGAUGGUUGCUAUAACCACCGCAAGGCACAGGUGUGCGGCUCUCUGGCUGCCUACGCUGAGGCCUGCCGCUCCUUCGGCACACUCACCACCAAGUGGAUUGCUCAGGAGAACUGCUCAGAAUGGAUCUAUGACCCUUGUGCUGGAGAGAUCUGCACUAACAACACUUGUGAACAAGAGAAUGGUGGAGACCUCUGUGGAUGCCCAGAGCUGCCCAUCAGUGGAGGAGCUGAGGAUGAUGUAAUCCAAGCGGAGGUAAUUUGCAAACAUGCACAUAUGGAAGUGUCAAUCUCUAAGUGCAAGCUGUUCCAGUUGGGCUUUGAAAGAGAGGACGUACGAGUCAACGAUCAACAUUGCCCGGGCAUUGAGGGAGAAGAUUUUAUCUCCUUUCAUAUCAACAACACCAAGGGGCACUGUGGCUCUAUUGUGCAGUCCAAUGGAACUCAUAUCAUGUAUAAGAACACGGUGUGGAUUGAGAGUGUCAACAACACAGGCAAUGUCAUCACACGUGACAAAACCAUCAAUGUUGAGUUCUCCUGUGCCUAUGAAUUGGACAUCAAAAUCUCUUUGGAGACAGUGCUCAAGCCUAUGCUCAGUGUUAUCAACCUGACCUUACCCACUCAAGAAGGAAACUUCAUCACAAAGAUGGCCCUGUACAAGAAUGCAUCAUAUCGAUACCCGUACCGUGAGGGUGAAGUGGUGUUAAGCACCCGGGAUGUGUUAUAUGUUGGUGUCUUUGUGGAGGGGGCUGAUGAGCACCAGCUCAUCCUCAUUGUCAAUAUGUGCUGGGCCACCCCAUCCAGAUACAGUAGUGACCGUCUCCGAUACAUCAUCAUUGAGAAAGGAUGUCCAAACAUCAAGGACAACACCAUUGGUAUGGCAGAGAACGGUGUGUCCCUGACUUGCCGAUUUCAUGUCACUGUCUUUAAAUUUAUUGGCGACUAUGACGAGGUGCACCUCCACUGCGAUGUCUCCUUAUGUGACUCUGAAACCAAUGCCUGUAAAGUGAACUGUCCCCACAAAAGAAGAAUGUAUUCAGACUACAAUGAACACAAGGAACACAUUCUUACAGUGGGGCCCAUCCGGCGGAAAGAAUCAGACUGGUGUGAAGAGAAUAACGGGGGGUGUGAUCAGAUCUGCACCAGCCAGAUGACAGGAGCUGUGUGCAGUUGUGUAACUGGUACACUGCAGCGAGAUGGGAAGACCUGUCUAGCUACCAGUUCAAGUGGUGACCUCCGACCCUUGGCCCCUCUCCUGGUCUUCAGUGCUUUAACCAGCAGAAUCUUGCUUGUGCAAACACAUGCAUCAGUCUACACAGCAAGUGUUCCAUCCCCAUUGUACAGCAUGUAGGCUUUCCUCAGCACCAGGAACUCGCUGACACGCGGGUGCUUGGUGGCUCGGCGAUGAAGGCUUUCAGGAGACGUAACAAGCACACCCUGCAUUUUAUCUCAGCUCAAAUUGUCCCAAAAGGUUUCAGUUUAGAGUUGGGUAACAUUAUUGUGAUUCCUACAAUCUUUGGAUUGGUGCGCUCUGUAUCUUCUUGUUUAGCUUCUUUGGAGUGUUUAGUUUCCACGGUGCAACGUGUCCAGACACACAUCUGGCUGGGUAGGAAGAAACAUGAGGUUAAAUGCAAAAAUCCUACAUGAGCGCAUAGGGACGGAGUGUUGUAAGAAUGGUGGCAUAAGUAAAAAAAUAAAAAAAUGUAUCUCAUGAAGGGUUUCCGCCUUGCUUGCAGUCUGUCAACUCCAUAAAGUGUAUAUGUAGUGUUGGAAAGUGUUGGGAAGUUGCAUACGUUUUAUAGCAAGUUCCCAACCAUAGAUGGACGUGUGCGCUUUCUCAUCAGGGAGGUCACCCAAAUUUGCAUCCCCCCUCCUGCUUCACGCCAUGGAAACUGCUGAACGUGAAGAGAGUGCAUCUUAAGCACUUUACUGUAUGCGAAGUACCUUGGAUUUGCAGCAGAUUGACAAAAUUACUGCAGACCCCCCCCCCCCACUUUCCUGGGCUGCGGCUGUGCUGCUGUGGGGGAGAAAUGGUGAGGGUGGGUACGAAUGAGGGUGCCCUGGCCACGAUGGGGCACACUCCCCUUUCGACU